AUGAGUGUGGCCCACCUCUACAUGUCUUAUGGAAGCCUUGCACAUUGUCACAAUGUGGAGGAGGGUCACUACUGUGAGUGUGCCUCUGGGCAAAAGCUCCUUUCAGACAGCACCAAAUUUCAAAAAGAGAAGAACACUUUUCAAGGUGUGACUGUGAUCCCCUCUGAUGAGUCUCAGAAGGAGGGUCCUGUGCUGACUGUAAUCACCUACCUGGAGCUGGGCCUCUCUCUGCUGUGUCUCCUCCUGGCAGCCCUCACCUUCCUGCUGUGCAAAGCCAUCCAUACCACCAGCACAUCCCUCCACCUGCAGCUUUCAAUCUGCCUGUACCUGGCUCACCUGCUCUUCCUCAUGGCCAUCGACCAGACUGAAAUCAAGGUGUUGUGUGCCAUCAUCACAGGUGCCUUACACUAUCUCUACCUGGCCUCCUUCACCUGGAUGCUGCUGGAGGAUCUGCACUUCUUCCUCACUGCACGCAAUCUGAAGGUGGUCAACUACUUCAGUGUGAAUAGGCUCAUGAAGAAACUCAUGUUCCCUGUGGACUAUGGAGUCCUAGCCAUAAUCGUGGCCAUUUCUGCUGCAUCCAGGCCUCACCUUUAUGGGACACCCACCCGGAUGCUGACAUUUAAAGCCACAGCUCAGUUCCUCAUCUUGGGCUGCACGUGGUGCCUGGGCGUCCUGCAGGUGGGUCCAGCUGCCCACAUCAUGACUUACCUGUUCACCAUCAUCAACAGCCUGCAGCGUGUCUUCAUUUUCCUCGUGUACUGCCUCCUCAGCCAUCAAGUAUCACUGCCCAGCUCUCAGCUCCUCAGUCCCCUCAGUGAGCUGACCCAAGAGUGA